UCAUUAUUAGUACGUAAUUAAAAUAAUAACACGUUAGGCGGAUGUGACGGCAUAUAAUGACGUAUUACCGUGUGCGUAGGCCAACGCGUUUUUUCUCCAUUCAACGAAACGAGACUCCGCGAUCGUCGAACGACGAAUCAGAUAAUCGUAUGAAUCGUGAAUUUAUUCGCGUGCAUUAAUUAAUGAUAAUGUUUAUGUAUCGCGGCUCGACUGGUAGUCACGCACUCACGCGUACCUGCACGCCAAAAUAUGUCAAUUGAUAAUAACAAAACAUUUUUAAAUACGAUACACAUAUUUGCUUGCCUGUCGGCCAAUGUACUCAAGUGAUAUUAAAAAAAAAUAAUACACGAUGUAUUGGUGGCUACACGUUCUUCCAUGAUGGGGAGGGAGUUAUUGAGGGGGGAUGCUUCGAAAAUAUAAUUAUAAAUAUGUAUGAGUGACAGAGAGAAGCGAAUAAGUUAGUAGGUUAACCGGUCUCGUGCACACUCACGUCUGUGCGUCCUAGUCAAAUGUAGUUGAUGUUAAAAUAGACGUCUGCCGCUACAUUCAAAGAUCGACAUUUCUGCGCGUUGGUACAAUAUGUGCUCGGACGUAUCAUCGUCGGAUUGUGAAACAAAUUCAAGAAUUGACGAAAAUACGUACUUAAAACACAAACGAAUGAAAGUAUACAGCUUGGAAACUAAUUCUGUGGUCAAGAGAAAAUGGUUUCUGGAUUUAUUGACGUGUAUGUUUGGUAUAGGAUCUUGGAUACUGGUUAAUAGUUUAUAUACACAAUUUCCAUUGCUUGUACAAAAUGCACCUGAAGGAUGGAAUUUACCAUCGUACUUAUCAAUAGCUGUACAAACUGGUAAUUUGGGUCCAUUGCUGUACAGUGCUUGGCGUAAGAAAUUUGGAAACCAAUAUGAUAGACCACUGAUAAUUUCAAUACUGAUUUUGGGUAUCAUAUCCAUGUUUUUAUUGGCAAUGUUCUAUGAUGUUACUGGCAUAAUUUUUGGCAAAUCACAUAGUAUAGUAUUAUGUAUAUUUACAUUCACUAUAGCAUUAGUCGGUUGUACUAGUUCUGUUUUAUUUAUACCUUCAUUGAGUCAUUAUUCAGAUAUAUAUUUAGUUACAUAUAUGGUCGGAGAAGGCAUAAGUGGUUUUGUACCAAGUCUUAUUGCUAUUAUUCAAGGUAUAGGUACAACCACAUGCUAUACAGUUGAACGAAAUGGACAAAAUAUUACAGAAAAAGCACAGACAAAUGCUAAUUUUUCUAGUGGAAUUUUUUUUACAAUAAUUGGAAUAAUAAUGUGCAUAAGUACGGUAUCAUACUUAUUUCUUGAAUAUUUACCAAAUUGCAAAAAGGAAAAAAUUCAAACGAAACCAGAAAGUGUUGAAGCUCAUGGUACUAAAUCCAUACAUAAUUCUAAUAUUUUAUUAUUGGUUAUACAAGGUGUUAUUGUAUUUUUUUCAAAUGGAUUAAUGCCCAGUAUUCAAUCUUACUCUUGUUUACCAUAUGGAUAUAUAGCAUAUCAUUUGGCAACAAAUUUAUCUAACAUGGCAAACCCUAUAGCUUGUUUUGUUGCAUUUUAUACUAAUCGAACAUCAAAAUCUGUGAUAUAUGUGUUAUGUAGUAUUUGCAUAGUAUCUACAAUUUAUAUGUUGAUGACUGCCUUUACAAGUCCAUCACCUCCUUUGAACAAUUCAAUUAUUGGAGUAAUCUUAAUUGUUUUUAUAUGGGUUUUAUUUGUUGGAUGUGUUUCUUAUGUAAAAUUGUCAAUAGCAGCAGUGCUGCGAGAUGAAGGCAGCAGAGGAUUAUUCCAUUAUGGUUGCAUUACACAAAUUGGAUCAACUUUUGGAGCAUUAAUUGGAUUUUAUUUAAUUAAUGUAGUACAAAUAUUAAAAUCAUAUGAACCUUGUUAAUAAAUUUAAAUUUAAAUAGGUAA